AUGGAUGAAGGCUAUCCCGAACUGGGUGGAAACCUUCGCCUAGAGAAUCAGAGGCUGGAAGGUGCAGGCCAUGAUAAUGAUGAUGAUUUUGAAGAGUUUGGUGGAUUUGAGGCAGCGGAGCCAGUAGCCCCCCAUGAAGCUCAACCUAUGGCUGCUGGGCCUGAUGCUGGGGGCCUUCCCUGGGCCAUGUUUCCAGCAGAUAUGUCUCAACGUCCAACCCAUUCUCAGCCUGAUCUGCUGUGUGCACAGAACACAUUUCCCCGGCACCUGGACUCACCUCCCUCUGUCCAUGAUCGGUUAGCAGCAGAUGGCAGUGUUCCUGGAGGGGGGUCUGUUGUCAAUCAUUUUGAGGCCAACCUUCUACCAGAUAUUGGCCAGAAUCUGAAUGUGGACAGACAUGGAAUGCAAUCAGGCAUGAUGAAUGGAAUGUUUAAUGCAGCACCUCCAGUUGAACACCAGUCCCGACAUUGUGACCUCAAUAACAGUGUGGCCGGUGUGGACCUAGUCAGUCCGGCUGGUCCAAGCUGGCGACGUCCCUCCAACUCAUAUGGUAGUCACGAUGGCAUGCCCAUGCCUGAGGUACCCGAUCUCAACCAGUCAGCAGCCUGGCGCCGCGGGUCCUCAUCCUCAGGCUGCCCUAGCAUUGACGAUGUCAUAAACGGACCUCAGCACUAUGUGCCUGCUGACCAACGCCUGCAGCAGCAGCAGCAGCAGCCGCCACAACCCCAGCCUCCUCCCCAACAGCAGCAGCAGCAACAGCAUCCGGCCCAGCAUCAUCAACAGCUGCAGCAACCGUCGAUGAUUGAGGACCUUGGCGGCGCUAUUGGUGGUGUGCCCAUCGUGCAGAAUCAUGAGAGGCGGCGGAGGGACCAUACUGAUGGAUCGAGGGAUAGUUAUUUAUUAGUGAGUCUUUCUGGGUCUGAUGUCUCUCUCUCUCUCUCUCUCUCUCUCUCUCAUAUUCCUCCAGAUGUGCCUGUCUCUCUCUCUCUCAUAUUCCUCCAGAUGUGCCUGUCUCUCUCUCUCUCUCGUAUUCCUCCAGAUGUGCCUGUCUCUCUCUCUCUCUCGUAUUCCUCCAGAUGUGCCUGUCUCUCUCUCUCUCUCGUAUUCCUCCAGAUGUGCCUGUCUCUCUCUCUCGUAUUCCUCCAGAUGUGCCUGUCUCUCUCUCUCGUAUUCCUCCAGAUGUGCCUGUCUCUCUCUCUCGUAUUCCUCCAGAUGUGCCUGUCUCUCGUAUUCCUCCAGAUGUGCCUGUCUCUCGUAUUCCUCCAGAUGUGCCUGUCUCUCGUAUUCCUCCAGAUGUGCCUCUCUCACAUAUUCUUCCAGAUGUGCCUCUCUCUCGUAUCCUUCCAGAAACAAUUGGAUGAACUCCGUGCUAGGAAUAUUGAACUUACUUCUCGAGUGGAUGGCCUACAAACCCAGCUAUCUGAACAGAAGACAAAAUAUGAGGCUCUUCAAGCCAAACAUGCUUCUGACUUAGAAGCGAUCCGACAGGCUGGUCAUGACGCCCUUGCUGUGGUUGUGGAAGAAUACAAAACUUUGUGUCAGACGGCUAUGCUGCAGCAACAGGAGGUGGCUGAGUCACAUCUCAAAGAAAAAUUGAAAAAUGAAGCUGAUCAGUAUGCUCAGAUGUUGCAAGAACAGCAUGACCAUUUGUCUGAUGUCCUUAAACGGGAAAAAGAAGAGAAUGAAAGCCGAAUGAAGAAUGCUCUUGAUGAGCACAAGAAUAUACAAAGGGGGGAAUUUGAAAGUUACUUUGAAAUGGAACAAAACCGGUAUCAGGCAGCUCUGCAAAAAGUUUUGAUGGAGGAACAAUGCUUACAUCAAAAAGCCAUUGAAAAGGCAAUGCAAGAGCAAAAAGAACAAUCUCAGGAAGCAUUCAAAGAAGAAAUGAAACUGAUGAAGUCCGAACUUGAAAGUAUACAAGAGGGCUACUUAGAAGAAAGGAAGAAAGCAUUGGAAAGUGAGAAAGAGUCCAGAGAGAAACUGCUGAAUGAUCUUGUGGAGGAAGAGAGACGCAAGUCACGCCAAAUUGGAAGAGAAGUUUUACAGAGCUGCAAGGAAGAGAUGAAAAAUUAUGUUGCCGAACAACGACAGCUGGAUAACCAACUACGCCAACGGCAUUAUGCUGCAUUGGAUUUGUUUCUGGAAAGUGCCCGGCAACAACUCAGAUUGUUGAUGGAGAGAGAUUCCAACGUUGUUAUGCCCCCAGCUGAUGACCCUAGACCAGCUGGUGCAGAGGCAAGUGCCAGGCCACCAACUGAUUCCAACCCCCAACCCUCUUCCUCCUCCUCCAAACAAGACAACCCUCCCAGCAGCAACAGCAGCUAG